ACUCAGAGUGUACUUCUCACUCAACAACUGCACCAUGUCUCCUUACAUGUUUCUUCUCCUCAUUGGUCUCCCUUUGGCUGGUGGCAUGGACAGUAGUAUUAUUGGAGGGAAAGAGGCUAUACCUUUUUCCAGGCCAUACAUGGCAUCAAUUCAGAGGGAUAAAUAUCACACAUGUGGAGGGAUGCUGAUCAGAGAGGAUUAUGUUCUGACAGCGGCCCACUGUUUGGAUCGAGGCAAUAUUGAGGUUGUUCUGGGAGCUCACAUAAUCAACAAGGCGGAGAGGAGCCAGCAGAGGAUCCCAGUGACGGAACAGAUCCGACAUCCUUCAUAUAAACAGAACGACGAGAAUGAUUACAGUAAUGAUAUCAUGUUACUAAAGCUGAAGAAGAAAGCCAAGCUGACUAGAUUUGUGAAUCUUAUGCCCCUUCCUAAGAAAAAUGAAAAAACACCAGCUAAUGUUAAAUGCUCCAUUGCUGGUUGGGGGUUAAAAUCCCCAAAAGGAAACAAGGCAUCAUAUGUGAUGCAGGAAGUCAAGCUUAAACUGGAGGAGAACUCAAAAUGUGAAGAAAUGUGGCAGCAUUACUUCAACCCUAAGAAUAUGAUAUGCAGUGUUUCAGAUGGAAAACAUGCUUUUUGUCAGGGGGAUUCAGGAAGUCCUCUUAUCUGCAAAAAAAUACCACAAGGACUUGCUUCAUAUACCAUUAAGGGUGAUUGUACAAAUACAACAUAUCCUCAAGUUUAUGCUAAAAUCUCCUACUUCCUCCCCUGGAUUAAUAAGACAAUGGAAAUGAAUGAAUGAAUAAAUAAAUACAUAUACAUUUUUUUAUACAUAUAUUAAAUGUUAUAGUUUUCUCUUUUAGACUUUUAACUCUUUUUUUUAAAGGUUUUUAUUCCGCACUGCAACUGUUAAAAUCUCAGUGCAUGUAUUUUAAGCCUGUUUAAGAUGGCU